ACACCCGCCGCUGCUUGCUUCCCUACCCCAGACAAAACACCAAGGCACACUCAUUCACAGUCUCCACCUCAGCAAACAUCCGGCUGACAUUGGCGAAGGAAAACAAAAACAUUCUGCCCCUUGUACUCUUUCGUCCACCACCAUCACGGAAACCCGUCUCCGAAAGUCUACAAGCUCUCACUAUUUUCUUGAAGCCUGUGACAAAAGUGAACGCUCGGACCAGUUCUCUUGACGGACACACCCCUCCUCUACCUAUUUACCUCUUCCGUCUCACGAGACCGAAAAAUAAUUGCAUCGGCUACUCUGUACCUCCCUUUCUCAGCGGUACAAUUGACUAUCUUGUUCUCGAAUCGACCCUUUCUUCUUCCUAGCUGCCCGAUUGGGAUCGCAGCCACGAUCGGCAGGGGCUCACUCCUCCCCGACUGCCUUAAGCACCGCCCUUGACUACGCAAGAAGAAUACUUUAGGAGGAAAGAACUGAGGAGAAAGAUGAAUCCACACCAAAAGAACAAGAUCGACAUCAACAAACUCUCUCCAGACGAGCAGAGAUUGUUCAGACUCUAUGGCAAACUCCCGAACAAGUCAGACCUGCUCCAGAACAAGUUGAAGGAACGCAAGUACUUUGACUCUGGCGACUAUGCGCUCUCCAAAGCCGGCAAAGCAUCAGACACCGGCGUCACCACGAUCGGCACCGAACACCCCAAGGCCGAAGAAAUCCCACACACCAGCCCCCUCAUGCACACGCUUUCCCGCAACGACUCGGUCUCAGGCACCUCCGGCUCAGCCGGUCUAGCAUCCAGCCCCGAUGGCCAGACCAUGCUCCCAGGCCUCGCAGGAAUGCAUCGUGGCAGCAUAAAUGGGAUACCAGGUGGUGGAUUUCCAGGUACAACUGGCCGUAGCCCGGUUAAGGAGAGCAGCUUUCUAGCCCGAAGCGCAAGCAUUGACGAAGCAAACAUUGGCAAGGACGAACCAGGUGAUAACAACCUUGUGGAAGGCAGCGUCAGUCCACCUGCUAAGAGAGAAGGCAUCCCGAUCCGGAGAUGAACACGCAAGUCGGGCGAGCAAGGAGAUCACGCAAGAGUAUACCCAUCGGAUAGGCCAACGGCACCAAUUUCUGGUGACGCGGAGUUGAAAUAUGAUGGGAUAUGGAUCAAUCAAAAGCCGACCUGAAUCUUGCUGUGGGCUGGAGGUUAUUGGAAGUGGACAGCGACGGAGUUCUAUUAUGCGAGGGCGACUUACGGCAGAUGUACGACUUAUCUUGGGCUUCAGCAACACCACCAAAAGAUGAAAUCAAAAACAGUCCUUACGGACCCAGUCAGCACCAAGUCACGUUAUAUUAUGACACACUUAAGGAGGCGCAUUCUUAGUUUCGAAUGAUUAUCGAUUCAUCAAGCCUGCUUCUCACUCUCGUCCUCUGGCUAUGUGGGAUUUCCGGCCCUGGCUCCGAUCUUAGUGCCUCCCC